AUGGCCUCCGCCCUUAACAUCUCGAAGAAGCGCAAGUUCGUCGCCGACGGUGUCUUCCAGGCCGAGCUCGGCGAGUUCUUCAUGCGCGAGCUCGCUGAGGAGGGCUACUCGGGCUGCGAGGUCCGUGUCACCCACGCCCGCACUGAAAUCAUCAUCCGUGCCACCCACACCCAGGAGGUCCUCGGCCACCAGGGCCGCCGCAUCCGUGAGCUCAAGGCUCUCGUUGAGAAGCGUUUCAAGUUCCCCGAGAACUCGCUCGAGCUCUACGCCGAGAAGGUCCAGUACCGUGGUCUUUCGGCCGUUGCCCAGGCCGAGUCGCUCCGCUACAAGCUCCUCGGUGGCCUUGCCAUGCGCCGCGCGUGCUACGGUGUCCUCCGCUACGUUAUGGAGUCGGGUGCCAAGGGUUGCGAGGUUGUCGUCUCGGGCAAGCUCCGUGCCGCCCGUGCCAAGUCGAUGAAGUUCACCGACGGUUUCCUCCUCCACUCUGGUCAGCCCGCCAUCGACUACGUUGACUACGCUGUCCGCCACGUUCUCCUCCGCCAGGGUGUGCUCGGCAUCAAGGUCAAGAUCAUGCGCCCCCACGACCCCGAGGGCCGCAUGGGCCCUUCGCGCCCCAUCCCCGACAUGGUCACCCUUGUCGAGCCCAAGCCCGAGGCCGCCAUCGAGAUCCGCUCGGAGCACAAGGAGCCCCAGCCGGUCGCCGUCCCCGCCGCUGCCCCCGCUGCCGAGGCCGCCGCCCCCGCCGAGCAGGCUGCUUACUAA